AUGCUUAGAGAUUCAAAUGUUGUACCCACUGUAAUCGUUUACAGAUCUUUGAUCAAUGGACGUUGCAAUUCGGGCCAGUUGAAUGAGGCAAAGAGAGUCUUUGGCGAGAUGGUUAGUAGAGGAAUCUCUGCCAACGUAAUUACGUAUAGCUGGAUGAUUGACGGUCUUUGCCGGCAAGGUCAAUGGGAAGAAGUAAGAAGAUAUUUUGAUGAAAUGAUGGAUCGAGGGGUUUCACCAAAUACAAUUACCUUUAGUAUAUUAAUAGAUUCACAUUGUCGGUUGCAAGAAGCGGUGAAACUGUUCGACUCCAUGUUGGAUAGAGACCUUCAACCUGAUGUUAUUAGUUGCAACGUAUUAAUUGAUGGGUAUUGCAAGCAUCGUAUGUUGGAUGAAGCUAUGAAGUUAUUCAAGAAAAUGAAACAAAACGAUUUGAAACCCACAACAGUUACUUACAGUAUAUUAUUAGCAGGACUAUACCGGGAUGGAAGAAUGAAGACUGCAAAUAAUUUGUUUAAUGAGAUGCAAACUUUUGGUGUAUCUCCAAAUAUUGUCACAUAUGGUACAAUGUUGGACGGAUACUGCAAGAAUGGAUACAUUGAGAAAGCAAUUGAACAAUUUAAAUCCAUGGAGGAUACUGGUAUAUUAGCUAAUGUUCCAGUAUACAAUAUUCUUAUUCGAGGUUUGUUCCAGGCUGGCAACAAGAUGUUACUCGAGGCUAACAAAUUAAUCAUCGAAAUGGAAGAUAAGGGUUGUUUACGAGAUGCUAGAGCAUAUGAUACCAUUAUCAAGGGUUUUCUUGUGGGAAAGGAAACUGACAAGGCAUUGCAGUUUUUUCACAAGAUGCGUGCAAGAGAAUUUGCACCAAGUGAUUCUGUUAGCUCUUUAAUUGUUAACAAUUGUAAAUGUUUUACUCAGAAAAACAGGAUUGUUCUGGAAGUUCUCAGGUUGCAUUCAUGCACGGUUGCAGGUGCUGCAGCAAUUAGAGAUGUAGCUAUUACAUAA